ACCGAUUUGCUUACUGGACAUUUCGGGAAGUGUUUUUCAAAGAGGAAUAAGUCUUAUCAAUUUUUCCCCUUAACACAGAUGUUGGGACACUGCGUAUUUGUAGUUUGCUAGAGUCAAAACUGAAACUUGAUAGCAGGGCCGAGUAUGGAUAGUACCACUGCCGCUUUAGAAUUUGGAGAUAAGGUGAAUGGUAAAAAGA